CACGCGGUCUUGCUGUGUGUGUCUAAAGGGGGACACUCUCUCUCGUUUUCAGUCGGUCGAGAACAGCUCAGUAGGACGGGUGUGAGUGAAAUUUCAAAAUUUUGUCAGUCUUUUUUUACCACUAAAAAGCUGUACGACCAAGACAACAACGAAAAUCAUUUUUGAGAGAGAAAAUUGAACCAUCCCAUCACACACGAAAAUGCCGGCCAGUGCAUCGUACGGCGAGUCGAUCGAGUUGACGCGCCACAAUUCGCUGGAAGACCAACGAGCCCUGCAAGUGGCGAUGGAAUUAUCCCUGCUCAGUUUCGGGAACAACAUGGAUUAUCACCACGUUGAUCACCAUUCGACAUCGCCCAAUCAUCAUCACUACAACACGAUGGAUCACAUCAACUCACUGCACUACGCCGACGAGAUGAGAUUCUUGGCCAAAAAGAGUCAAAAUAUGACCGAGUGCGUCCCAGUCCCCAGUUCGGAACACGUCGCUGAAAUCGUUGGAAGACAAGGGUGUAAAAUCAAGGCUUUGAGAGCUAAAACCAACACUUACAUCAAGACGCCGGUACGUGGAGAAGAACCCGUUUUUGUCGUCACUGGUCGUAAAGAAGAUGUCGCUGCUGCCAAAAGAGAGAUUCUGUCAGCGGCCGAACAUUUCUCACAAAUCAGGGCCUCCAGACGUUCAGGACUCGUAGGCCAAUGUGGCAUUGUCGGCACUACUGGACUCGUUCCUCCUCCACCAGUCCCUGGCCAAGUCACCAUUCAGGUUCGUGUACCGUAUCGAGUCGUUGGUCUUGUCGUCGGCCCUAAAGGAGCUACCAUCAAGCGGAUUCAACAACAAACGAGCACCUACAUAGUCACACCGUCCAGGGAGAAGGAGCCCAUUUUUGAAGUGACGGGCAUGCCUGAUAAUGUUGAACAAGCCAAGAGGGAGAUUGAGGCUCACAUCGCUCUACGCACUGGAUUGGUUAAUGUGGAUGGUUCAGGCAACGAAUUAUCCCCGGAUAUGAUGCACGACUUGGCUGCCGGAUUAAACGGACUAGGAUUGGGGAUGCUUGGAUCGAGUCUGGGUGGCGGUCUGGAUAAUGGAACAGCUGAUUUGAUGGGAUCGCUGUACAAGACUUCGUCAUCGGCACUUCGCUCUGCCUUUUCAGGACAUCACAACCUCAACAACGAUGUUUACGGAGUGACUUCAUCUGGUCUGUCAAAUUUGCUUGGAGACAACGCUUUCGGUCUGCGAUCCCACAACUCUUACGGCGUAUCCAAUGCUCCAUCUGCUGCUGGAAAAAUCGAUUCUGAAUUGCAAACACUCGGCAGCGGGUUGCUCAAUAGCUUGUACGAUUCGGAUGAGGGUAUCGGACUGGGAGGAUCGGAUUCGCCUACUUUGAGCCAUUCGUUGAUUCAGCCCAACAUCUGGUCUACGGAUUUCGGCACCGGAUUGGUCGGAGGUGGCAGCACGAGCUCUAUCAACACAAACAGCACCAGCAGUGCCACAACCAGCAACAGCGGCAGCACUGGAGCCAAGAGGAGCAAUAGCUUUGGAUUCCCGACUUCGGAUUCUGACCACCCACCGGCCCGUCGCAUCAGCUCUGACCCGUUGACGGCCAUUGGAUCGACACUCAAUUCGUUGUCUGCAGCCUUCCAGAUCCGUUCGGAUUCCGAUUCUGGUGUUCGUGAUUCUUCCGCAUCGGCUUCCGGUUCGGCUUCUCCAGCUGCCUGCUCACCGGUUGGUUCCAGCAGCAAUUCCAGUACGAGGGGAUCACUCAAGCGCGAAUGCAUCAUGUGCUGCGAAGGUGAGAUGGUGGCUGCUCUUGUUCCAUGUGGUCACAAGCUUUUCUGUAUGGAUUGCGCCCAGCGUUUGGUGCCCAAGGAGUCGUCUGCUGAAGCUGACUCACCAUCGUCAGCCGGAGGAGAGUGCCCAGUCUGUCAUCAGUCCGUCACUCAAGCCAUCAGGAUCUUCUCGUAAGAAAAGUGGAUUUCUUUGUUUGUUAGUUUUUUUACGGAGAAGACGGCGAGAGAUUAGCAAAAGAAACAACGAAGCAACCAGCGGAUGUUCAACCCCCCUCUAUAAAAAUUCGUAAGAAAUUCACCCUUGACACCCCAUACCACCACUUUCUCUCUAUCUAUACCUCUCACUGUCUCGCGCGCUAUCUUAUAUUAUUAUUAUCACUCGAUUGGGUAGUAAACAAGAAAUUUUUUCUUUCUGUUCAUUGUCAUCAGGUUUUUUGGAAAAUUUUGAACUUGCGCGUUUUGUUAUGCGGAGGUGCACACACACCAAUUCUCUUUCCUCCCCAUACUACCCGUUUAUUUUUUUUCUUCAUUCUUUCUAGAGUUAACGUCAGAAUUUUUUCGGAUGAUUGCGACCCUUAACGUACACAACACCCUUUUUUGUAAGUGCAGUCGAUCUGAAAGAAAAUCCAAGAGUUGUUUUUAAUCCCACGUUUAUAAAAAAAAAAUCUUUAUAUACAAAUCAAGCUUAUCACGCAGUUGAAUGAGAAAUUAUUAAAAAAAAAUUGCUAUCAUUUUGUGUGUCGUGUGUAAAACUACGAUGUCAAAUCGAUAUUUAAAUGUCUCCACUUGGGUUUGCCGCAAAGCCGCCGAAAAAGAUUUCCUUAUUUUUUCUUACCCCCCUCCCAGAAAUCACUUCCUUUUUGAUAAUCGAUAUUUAAACGUGCGUAAAAGAGCAAUAGGAUUUAAGUUUUUUUUUCUUCCUUAUUAUGUGUAUAUUUGGCAAAAAAAAAAAUAUUUUUGUUUAGGACAAAAGAACGAACAACACGCGCAACAUUUAAAUUAAAAUCCAAGGGCAAUAAUUAUUUUCCGGCGAAAAAGCAAGUGACUGGGGCACUAACACACAGCAGUCUAAAAAAUAAAAUUAAAAUAAUUUUCUUUUUCCUUAAAAGACCCUCCCUUUAUAAUGUCGAAAAAUUACGAUUGAGUUAGCUGUGAUACCGAAAGCCACUUGUCUCUCUCUCGACAUCGAUUUUUUUUUCUCUCCUUUUUGCCUCACUUUCUUCCCGUCGAUUUAACAACAAAAAGUGCUGCUCAAUUUAACCAAUUAAAAGACAAAAGGAAAAAAAAAAGUAAUAGGUUUUGGCGUUACACAAAACUUGGUGCCGUUACAGUAUUCGGACAGUUCUUUAUUUUUUUUUUCUUCUCCCACUCCCGAUAUAACAUUAAAUAAUUCCGUACCUUUUUGUGUGUGUGUGUGUGUGUGUUUUCUGUCUUCUUUUGUCUUUUUCGAAUUUUUUCUAGACGAUAUUCUCAGUGGAUAAAUAUCAAAAGAGGAAUUUCUUUCGCAAACCUUUACCAACAUAGUAAUAAUAGUAAUAAAAAAUUCAAUGCUGCUUAUCACACAUAGUUAUUUAUAAUGAAGCUGUCUGUGUCCGUCGAUUUACAGUUGAUAUAAACAAGAGAAAUUCAAUAAAUUGCAUUUUUUUCUUUCUAAUUUUUUUUUGUUGUUUCCCCCUUUGAUUUUAAUCUAACCAGACCAUAAAAAUUUAUUUGAAAGAGCUGCUCUGGUCAAGUAGUGUGAUGCGACUUGUCAACAAUUAAUCAUUUCCUCCCGAAAUAUAGGCCUUUUUAUAUACUAACAGCAAAGCAGCAGAGAUUUGAAUCAAGUCACAACAAUUAGAAAGUCGUUGGCAAUAAAAGAUCAUACAACAAAUGAAUUAAGAACAAGUUAGGCACAGCAGCAUUUUUUGAAAAAUUCUUCCAAGCCCCGCACCUCCUUUUUGAUAUAAUAAUAAUAAUAUCUUAUAUUUUGAAUUCAUUUAAAAAAAAAGGAAAUUUUGUCGCCAUUGUUAACCAUUUUUAACUGGUAGCGCACAAAACACUUGUUCCGUCUUCCUGUUUAAUCCCUUCCCAUUUUUUGGCUGUUAAUUUAAUUCAUUUUUCUUCUUUGAAAACAUUUUGGUUUCGUCUGCAGUAUUUGUGCUGUGUUGGUCUCCCUACUUAUAUUAAAGAGUUUUGCAAGCCACCCCCUAUAAACAAAAAUAUCUACUCUGAUAAAAACGUAUUGUGUGUGAAAUUCAAUUGAAUCAACGAAAACAAAAAAAAUUAUAGGCUUGAAACCUCCAUUUUCUCAAAACAUUUUUGAAAUCAUCUAUCUCUCUAUCUCUUUUGCUAUCAUUAUUAUUAACCGUUUCUGUAUUUUUUGCCGAGUGUCUCGAUGUGUGACAUAUAAAAAAAUCUCUCCCCCCAUUUCUCGUCGAGAGCGAUAUUCCAAUUCACUUAGUAUUCCUCGAUGUGUGUGUACUACUAUAUACAUAUAAUAAUAAUCUAUAUUACUAUUACAUACAGUACUAUAUCAGAAUAAUAAUAAUAAUUGAUUUCUCUGGGAUGCUUUGUUUUGAUUUAGCUCUUGUCACGCGGAUUGAAACGUGUCGUGUUUGAUGAAACGAAAAAGAAAGUUUAUUUGUUGGACAAAAGCUUCAAAUUUAUUACAAAAAAAAAUCUUAAAAAAAUAAUAAUUAAAGACGGACAACAGCGAAUCGAAACCGGGUAACCCCCAGAGGAAGCACCACAUUUUUCAUUUAUUUUUUAUUUCUCGUAAAAAUACAAAAAUAUCAGAGUUUUUUGUGAAGUUCUAGUUUUCUAUACUAUUUUUUCGGUAUUUUUUAUUUUUAUUUCUCGCUCGCUUAAUGUAUUUUUCAUGUAACUUGGCCAAUACAGAGUACUUAGCCACGA